AUGAAGACUUUUGCGUAUCUUGACAUUCGCAUAGGAACCUGGGAUGUUGGACGGAUAGUCAUUGAGCUUGACUUUGAGAGUGCUCCAAAAGCUUCUGAGAAUUUUUUGCGACUAUGCGAGAAUAAAUCUUACAAAGAUACCUGCUUCCACAGAGUAAUCAAGAAUUUCAUGAUUCAGGGCGGAGAUACAGAUCACAAGAUAACCCAGCUAGAAGAAUAUCCUCCCGAUAGUUUAGGGACAGGUGGAACAUCAAUCAACACAGCAGAUUUCUAUGAAGCUGAAAAUUUAAAGGCCAUAGACGAACCGUUUUUAGUUUGUAUGUCGAAUAAGGGCGCUGUCAAUUCUACUAGCUCACAAUUUUUCAUCAACACAUUAGCAGCUCCUCACUUGACAGGGAAAUACACAGUUUUUGGGAAAGUAAGGAAUGGAAAGUCAGUUGUCAGAGAAAUUGAAAGAGUAUCCGUCAUGGGUAGCAAACAUGGCGAUUCACAAUCUUGGUUACCAGUCAAAGAAGAAAUGGUUCUCAUUGUCGAUUGUGGAAAGUGGGACCAUGGGGAUCCUGUUCCGUGCUAUAAUGCAUGCUAUGACUCUCUUGGAGGAGACAUUUAUGAAGAGUAUCCUGAUGACAAUGAAAUCGAGGCUUUUGAUCUGGACAAUCCUGAAAUAACCUACAAGAUUAGCACAGUCAUAAAAGAAUCGGCAUCAUUACUAUUAAAGCAAAAGAGAUUGCGAGAUGCUUUCCUCAAAUAUAAGAAGGCUUUGCGGUAUUGUAAUGAGCUGAUUCCGGAUCCAGAUUCAAACCCUGAAUAUCAUGAGAGAUUUCUAAAUCUUAAAAAAACGAUAUACCUCAAUCUGGCAUUGGUGGCACUUCAAAUGAACGACUAUCAGACUACAAUAGACUAUUGUGGGUACCUAUUAGAAAUUGAUAAAGAUGUCCCAAUGACACAAACGCAAACAUCAAAGACAUUGUAUCGCUUAGGUAUGGCCUAUCGAGGGCUCAAGAAUUUUGAAGCUGCUUUGGAAUUUCUCCAAAAAGCAAGUAUACUGUGUCCCAAUGAUCAGGGGAUAAAGAGCGAGCUGUGCAUGCUUCAAAAGCUUGUAGAAGACGAGAAGAAAAGUAAGAGACAAAAGUUUGCCAAAUUUUUCAGCUAG